AUGCUGGGGAUCCCGCAGUACGAACAAUGGUUCUCGGCCAAUUUGCGAUGUGGUCAUGCCACGUUCACCAAGUUCAUCACUAACCUGCGUGCCGAGAUGAGUUCGGAGCACUUGCGCUCAUAUACCCAUUCGUUCGAGAAGAAAGUGCACAACUUUUUGUACUUCUUGGGUUCCGAGGGUGGCUACAGAGAAACCGCUGCAGCAUUUGGAGUGUCGAAGUCAUGGUGUGUCGACAUUGUCCAUUGGUUGUCCACGGUGAUGUUGAAGCUAGCUUCGAAGUGGAUCUAUUUGCCGAAGUCGAAAGCAGGGUGGUUCAACGUGGAGUCUGGGUUUAAGACAAAGCACCAAAUCCCCAGCGUUGUUGGCACUAUCGACGGGACCUUAGUUGACAUCCAGCGUCCCAAGGACUACGACGGUAUUUACAACCGUAAUGGAGACCCAUCCCUCAAUAUCCGAGCAGUUGUCGACUCGUCUACGCGAUUUAUGUCUGUGGACAUUCGACCAGCAUCAUUUUCCGACAAAAAUAUUUGGAAAGUGUCCGCGCUGGGUCGCACCAUUCGAUGUUGUGUGCCGACGCGCUGCUGUCUCAUUGGAGAGCACGGUACACACUCUUUCCGUGGCUAA